GGCAGGCGGCGUCGGCGCUCCACUCGGCCACGGCCACGGCGCAGCAGCAGGCGGAGGGGGCGAGGGAGAGCCGGCGGUGGCCCCCUGCGCGGCGGAGGAUGCGGCAGGGCGCUCGCUGAGCUCGGGGGCGCGGCGCACCUUCCCUUCUCGCCUGCUGCAGCCCAGACAGCUGAGCUCCUCCCGGGCGCGGGAGCCGCGGCCGGGCCAGAUGGCUUCCGCAAACGACACCCGGCAGGCGCCCAAAGAUGCCGCUGACCAGAAUUUUGACUACAUGUUCAAGCUGCUGAUAAUCGGCAACAGCAGCGUGGGGAAGACCUCUUUCCUCUUCCGAUACGCCGACGACUCCUUCACCUCGGCCUUCGUCAGCACCGUGGGCAUCGACUUCAAGGUCAAGACCGUGUACAGGAAUGAGAAGAGGGUCAAGCUGCAGAUCUGGGACACGGCGGGCCAGGAGCGCUACCGGACGAUCACGACGGCCUACUACCGGGGGGCCAUGGGUUUCCUCCUGAUGUACGACAUCUCCAACCAGGAGUCGUUCAGCGCUGUGCAGGACUGGGCGACUCAGAUCAAGACGUACUCCUGGGACAACGCUCAGGUGAUCUUGGUCGGGAACAAAUGUGACCUGGAGGACGACCGCGUGAUCCCCGCGGAGGAGGGCAAGCGGCUGGCCGAUGAGCUGGGUUUUGAAUUCUUUGAGACCAGCGCCAAGGACAACAUCAACGUCAGGCAGGCCUUUGAGCGGCUGGUGGACAUCAUCUGCGAGAAGAUGAACGAGAGCCUGGACGGCAGCCCGGGCACCGGGACGGGCAGUAACCACAAGGCCACGGCCCUCAAUGAGGCCCCUCCUGCCCCGAGCAGCAGCUGCUCUUGCUAGAGAGGAGGGGGCCUGCCCUCCGGACACUGUGGCGGCCCUCUGCUGCCCUCCAGCCCAGGGGAAGGGGGGGGACGACUGGUUUCACGUGGGGGUGGGUCUGCUGGUUGGCGCCUCUGCCUUGUUUGCCCUCCCCCCCCCGGAAAUGCCUCUUUGGCCUCUGCCAGCAUGCGCCCGGGGCCCCGUCCACUCCCGCAUCGCAUGAUCGGCCCCUUCUGGCAGAGAAGCAUGAUUUCUUGCACCCGUGCGCACACUGUGCCACUCAGGAGCUUGGGACACAGCCGCAGAGAAUUCUCCUGACUUCUCGUCCGAGCGCCCGUGGGAUCGCAGCGGUUCACUGUGCCGGCCGCUCUGGCCUUGGGGCUGGGCAGCGCCCCUCAGUGCCUGCAGGGAUGUUCUUGUUGCCAGCCUGGCUUCUCCACGACGGAACCAAUAAAUCCAG